CUUCCUGUUAUGGGAGGAGCCUUUAUGGACUCACCCAACGAGGACUUUAGUACAGAGUACUCCCUGUUUAACUCAUCAGCCAACGUCCAUGCAGCUUCUUCCAUGCAGAAUCCACCAGAAGAGACAUCUCGUUCUUCAAAUGAUGCCAUAUUGUUAUGGAUUGCAAUAAUAGCAACAAUUGGAAAUAUUGUGGUUGUGGGAGUGGUGUAUGCCUUCACCUUCUAGGAUGACUGUCACUACAAACACUGGAAGAAAGGAAAUCUUCAACAGUAUUUGUCAUGUGUAUGUAUGUGUGUAUAUAUAUACAUGUAUAUCUAUAUAAAUACAUAGAAGUAGAGACUUUGUUGAUUAAGUGCUGCUACAAUCAUGGAAAUGAUGCAAGUUAAUCAUCCUAAGUCUUGAUGGCAGAAAGUUUGGAUGCAAAUUGUUUGGAGGUGAGAGUUUUAUUUGAGAACAGAGCCAAUACCAGUUUUGUAUAGAAAUGUAAUGAAAGAGAGAUCAACUUGGGUAUAGUUGUAUACAGAGAGAUACACAGAGAAAUACAGAGAGAUAUUUAUAUAGAAAGUGAUUAUUUUCUACUGUAGAUUUUUCUAGCAGCUCUUCUGCAGUUUGUCAGUUUUUGGGUUUUUUUGGUGCAUUUUUUACUGUGGUAUAAUGUUAUAUGGGACUGUUCCAGGUCAUGUUUUCUGGACAUUUUCGUUUCCUAGAUGGACCAAGUGGUUGGCAUUGGCUCGGUUCUGAUGAAGGCCAAGUUCAUCAUGUGUGAGUCUUCAGCGUGGCUGUAGACUCCUGGGCUGUGUUCAAAAUCAUGAGUCUCAAGCAAUGACAGGCAGAUGCAGGCUGUCUAUUACUUGCCCUCCAGGAUCAGUAACUGGAGCUGGUACUCAAUAAUGUGAUGCUGAACCUGCCUGCUGUUCAGGAGAAGGCACAGCUAUUGCUGCUCUGCAGACCCUCUGAAUUUCAAAGGAGAAAAUGAUAAACAGAGUAGCAGCACAAGUUCCCAUUUCUGUCUAGAGGUACUGGAUUGCUGUGGUUUGUAUAUGUGUCCCUUCCAGGAAGCAAAAGCCCAAUACCACACUUUUCAUCUCAUUGGACUGCAAUCCAGAUUUCUUACAGCGGCUGUGUACUUUCAUAAAGUUAUUAAUGUACUAAAAGAAUGAUGGGAAAAUUGUGAAGCCUAAUUAGUAGUGAAUAUGUCUGUGAGAAAGAUAAAACUGAAAGAAAGGUUGGGCACUUCUGUGCUUUUGUGGGAAUGAAUUCAAGAGUCAGGUAUGUCCUGGGGUAGAAACAACACAAGAAAAGUAGUAAUUGUCAAAUGUGCAAGUGCUUAUAUCUCAGUAUUAAUAUAUCUUUGGGUUCUGGUGAGGGUCUUGGAAGUGAUUUUUUUAUAGCUGGCUUUAGGUAAUGACUCUGAUUAUCCUUUGGAUUUGUUCCACUGAGAGGCAACAUUUUUACUACAUUUUUUCCAUGGGCACUUCAUUUUCAAGAGCUGUUUCUUUCUCAAGACAAGCUGUAGUCUUCCUUGCUUGAGAGACUGUAAAAUCUUGAGACAAAAAAGAAAAGGCUGUUGGAAAUCUGCCUUCACACCUGUAAAAAUUAAGUAACAAUACAUAAAAUGUAUGUACUUUGAGAGCAGCAGACAAAUUCUUCUUCUAUGUCUGCAUAUACCGUCUAGGUUUUCUGUCUCAUAUAGCUACUACCCUAAUUCCAGAAAGCCUUGUCUGCAGGCACAGAGACUAUUUUUGACACUUGCCUGCCACUGAGCUUGAGGCUGAGCUAAGAGCUGCUGAAUGUAUAGAGAGGUUUGGAUUUUUGUCUUUUCUCUUUAAACCCAUUUUCCUGCAGGGCUGGUGGACAGUUAUUUAAAUCAAAGAAGCAUGCCCCAAAUCAGUACUUAAAACCAGUCACUGUCUAUAUUUUUUCCUUCUCUAUGAACUGUCCUUUAAAGCUAGGAGAGAUGCAAACAGAGCUAGCAAUGGGGAGAAAAGAAAUUAGGUUAUUUUGAGGCUGAGAAAAACAAUUAUGAGCUUCUGUGCAUGUUGUUAUUUUCCUAUUUGAAGGCAGGAUUUUGUGAAGAUGGUUGAGGACAGACAAGACCUAUACUGGGAAAAAGUUUGAGAAGCCCAGUUCUGAAAGAUCAAAGGGAAAGAAAGCAAAUUCUGUCCAAUAAAAUAACUGUAGUCUUAAGAAUUAUAGAAAAAUUGUGAUUUUAAUUUCCUAAAAUAACUAUUAAUUCCUUCAUAGCCACAGGACAAUGAAAAGCAGGGGAGCUGCAUAAAUGGUGCACCAUGUUUGUUUUUGCACCCCUCCUUAUUCUUGCUGAGUAGAAAAGAAGAUGUUGGAAAGCUGCAGAGAAGUUUCCAGUGAAGAAUUGAGCAGGACAAGGUCUGGUGUGCAAACAUGUAGGAUCCAUGAAAAUACUGCUUAAUGUAAUGUACUGUCCCCAACCAUUUUCUGAUAUUCUGUUGCCUUUGUAAUUGUAGCAGUUACUCACGGACUUUUCUUCACUGUUCCUGCAGGCUGUCUAGUUAGGCCAGAUCCUGCAAGCAUUUUUGCAUAAAGAGAAAAACAUUUCCACCAUGACUAAAACCAGUUUGACACGAUGGUACUUGCCCAGUGGGAUUAUUCUGCUGUCUAAUGAAUUUGCCAGUGGAGUGCUUUGCUUAAAUUUCCUAGAAUAUUAAUCUUAGUGCAAUUAGCAAUGUUUACAUCUCUCUCCCAGAGCACUGGACUAAACUCUUCAACCAUGAAGAAAAGCAUUAGAGUGGGAACAGCAAAGGACCACUAUUCUGCCAGUGAAACCAAGUGACACUUUUGUGUUGCUUUUCCCAAAGAAAAUGCCCUACUUUCAUGUGAAAAUAGUAAUAGUAAUAGAAUAGUAAUAGCAGGAGCAUUGGAAAACAAUGAGUUCCACCUCCUGCAUCCAAAUCAUCAUCAUACAUAUUUUCAUUGUUAGAGGCUGUGUUGUCAAGAAGGGCCAGACAAAACUUUAAAUUAAGUAAUUGGCUUGACAGGGUGACAUGGCAAGCUGGGUGUAAGCAGCAAGUGCAGGCAUUUCCUGCCUCAAACUGCACACUAACUGUACAGCUUCUCUGUCAGGAGAAAAAGUUAGUUUUAGGAUGCAGGUACAAGGAUACUGCAUGUGAGGGUCUGUGUGGGAUAUUGUCAGGUGUAUUGAAGAUUCAUAAAUUGCAGUGGCCAGAGCUUGUUCAAGCUCUGAUCUACUUUGAUAGUGACAACAUGCACACUAUAUUUCUGGAUGUUGUGCUCUGGCUAUGUUGACUACAACCACUUUUGUCUUCUAGGAG